AUGAAUCCUCCUAAUUUUAUAAAUUCCGAUAUUUCAUUCGAUAUGAAGAAAGUUAGAAAAGACUUCAUAAAAAGUAUAAUACAAGAUGAAGAAUAUAAAAAGAAAGAUGAUAAAAAAAAAGAAAUUGUUAAAACUUGUAAGAGUUAUAAAGAUUUCUGUGAUAUUGUAAAUGCCGUAAAUAUGAAACCUAUAAAAAAAUAUGAACCAAAAAUAACAUAUGAAGAUUAUAUUCAAAUGCAUUUUUCUUCAUCAAGUUGUAAAUUAGAUACAUUCCAAAAAAAAAAUGAAAACAUUAAAAACUUUUUUAUGAUCAAUAAUUAUAAAGUUAAUCGUAAACAAGAUAUUUCUUCUUCAAAUAAUUUAUCUCAUAAAAAAGUUUUUAAUGAAAUAAAAGACCUCACACAUGUUAUUAAAACAUAUAAAGAUAAUUAUUAUGAAUACAUAAGAAAAAAUUACAACUGUGAUGAUAUAAUAAAUAUAAUAUCUUUAAUUAAAAAUCAUUGGGAUAUCUUCAUAGGGAAAAAAGAAAAUAUGUUCGAAGGAUAUUUACAUGAUCCACAGUUUAUAAUUAAUUUAAUUAACUUUCUUUUUUAUAUAUUUAAUUAUUGGACCAAGAGAGACUUCUCUCUUUAUUUUACUCAUGACGAAUUAAAUGAAAUUAAUUCUAAACUUCAUUUUAUAAAGGGAAAUAUAGAAAAAGAAACAUGGCUUAAUGACGAUACCUUAAAUAACCGUUGGAACUAUAUAAAGAAAACUACUUUAUAA